UACAUCCUUUCUCUUCGCUUUUUACUUUAUCUUCUAUUCAAUAAUCUAUCUGACCGGUUCAGAAUGUACUUCUCCAAGGCUUCCAUUGUUUCUUUCGGCCUCUUGGCCACCACCAAGCUCGUGGCUGGCCACUCAGCAGUCAUCAACGCUGUCGGCGAUGCUGGAGGCUCCGGCUCUGCCAUUGGUGUCGACCCCAACACUCCUCGUGACGGCACGAGACGCACUCCCUUCCAGCAAGAUGCCACUCGUUUCCGAGGAGACGCAGCCGACUCUUGCGGAGAGACUCUUGGUGGAGGUGACAACAACAUCGAGACCGGCACUGCUCAGGUCAUGCAACUCAGCGGCGAUGUUCUUCCUCAGGUCUCGGCUGGCGGUCAACUCAUGAUGACUGUCCACCAAGUCAACGGCGACGGCGCUGGCCCUUACACUUGCAUGAUCGAUGCCACUGGCACUGGUACCAACUGGGUUCAGAUGCAAGUCACCACCAAUAUCGAUGGCAACGCACGAGGCCGCAACAACGACCAGCAGAUGCAGGAUCUCCCUCUCAAUGUCGCCAUCGCUGCUGACCAGACUUGCACGGGUACCGUCGCUGGUCAGACUGGCGUCUGCAUGGUCCGCUGCGAGAACCCCGCUCGUGCUGGUCCUUUCGGUGGGUGUGUUCCUGUUCAGAUGGCCGCUGCUGCUGCCGCCGCUCCCGCUACUGGUGCUGCUGCUGGAACUGGUGCUGCCGCUGGAGCUGCUGCUCCUGCUACUGGUGCUGCCGCUGGCACUGGUGCUACCGCCGGAACUGGUGCUGCUGCAGGAACUGGUGCCGCCGCUGGAACUGGUGCCGCCGCUGGAACUGCUCCCGUAGCCGCUGCUCCUCAAGCCGGAACUGCCGGAACUGCCGCUGGCGCCGCCGCUUCUCAACAAGCUGGCACUGCUGCUGGUGCCGCCGCUCCUCAGCAAGCCGGUACCGCCGCUGGCGCUGCUGCCCAAGUGCCUCAAGCAGGUACUGCUACUGGUGCUACUGGAGCCACUGUUCCUCAGCAAGCUGGCAAUGCCGGCACUGCUGGUACCGCUGGUACCGCUGGCACAGCUGCCGGUGCUGCCGCUGUCCCUGCUACCGCAGCCACCAACAAGCGCGCAAACCGCAAGGCCAGCAAGCAGCCUGCUCUCACCAACGAUGACCAGGAGGAGGAGGUCGAUCUCAUCGGUGACGACAACUAAGCGGCUCGACAACACCACUUAGUGGCAUCAUCAUCAUCAUCACCAUCACCAUCACCAUCACCAUCAUCGCAGUCUCAAUAGGAGGAUAAUAAUAGGGUGGAAUACCAAGGGUCGAGGGAAACUGUAUCUUGGAGGAGCUACAUGGGAUGUACAAAAAAAAUUAGGGGGGAAAUUGGCAUUUGCAUAUCCUGCUUUGCUCAUUGAGAUUCGCAGUCUGUGACUCGGACCAUGAGCAAUGGCAACGUCUUUCCUUUGUUAGCAUUUUCUUUUGGGUAAAUAUUGCGGGUUCAAAUAUUUGUUUAGUGUGUGGGUUGAUUGAGAUUGGAAACCUUGUUGAGUAAUGAGUUAAAUAAAUGACGUUCUUUAAAUUCUUUUUUCUUUGCUUUGCUUUUUGAUUUUGAUCACUUGGUUUGUUGCAGAAUGCUCUUUGAUCUAUAUGAGCAUGCGGAUUGAUAUACAUCCUUGGUGACCUUUUGGUUGCUUUCUUAGCUCGAAAGCUCUCUUC